AUGCGCGACUGCAGUACUAGGCGCACUGCUGCAUCGGCGCCCGUGACGACCAGCAGUAGCGACCGACGCACGAUCGCAGCAGCAUGCGUGCUGCUGCAUCACAUGGCGGCUGCUGCUGUCGCGCUAUCUCCCCUUGCCACUGCUGGCGACCUGGCGCUCCUGCGCCGCCUGCAGCGCCUUGCCUGGUGGCGCUGCCUUGAUACGACGACCAGCCGCACGUCAGCAGUCGCUGACGAAUUGGCCUGCUGGACUGGCGACCGGUGCUCGGCAGCAUCAUCACCACCCGGCGGGCUGCAGCAGCACACUUCCUUGAGCUGGCGACGGGCAGCAGCUGUGGCUGGUGAUGCACUGGAACAGCUCCAGCAGCGCAUGACGUGCGGCAGCAGCACCAGCAGCUCGUGGCAGGCGCAGCACCAUCGACCGGCAGCACGGCUACAGCUGCAUGCCUUUUCCGUCGUGACUAGUAGUAUUACCCGGCAGGAUCAGCAGCACAUGACCGCCUGCAGCUUCACCUGUCAUUUUGCAGCAGCGCCUGACGCACUACCUGGCGGACUGCAACAGCAGCUGGCGGUCUGCAGCAACACCUGUCUGGCUGCACCUGGCUGGCUGCGCCUGGUGGGCUGCACCUGUCGGGCUGCUCCAGCGCCUGGUGGCCUGCAGCAACAGCAGCUGUUGUCCUGCACGACCAGCAGCAGCUGCCCCAUG